CAAAAACAAAGAGAGAAAAGAAGAAGAAAAAAAAUCGAUCUCAAAAUAUAUACAUAUAUAGAAAGAAAAGAAAAAAAUGGUGAACUUGGUAGCAGCGCAGAAGCCGCUGCUGAACCUCCUGAUGAAAAUGGCCGGCGUCAAAACCCACACCGUGGAGAUAGAGCCCGGCACCGUGAUGAACUUCUGGGUUCCCGUCGAAACCAUCCCCAAACCCACAAAACAACAGCCGGAACCAGAAAAGGCCGAAGUAACCCUAAAAAAGCCGACGAAGCCCGUGGUGGUGCUGGUCCACGGCUUCGCCGGCGAGGGGAUAGUGACGUGGCAGUUCCAGGUUGGAGCCCUAACCAAGAACUACUCCGUCUACGUCCCCGACCUCCUCUUCUUCGGCGGCUCCGUCUCCGACAGCGCCGACCGGUCGCCGAGGUUCCAGGCGGAGACGCUGGUGAAGGGGCUGAGGAAGCUCGGGGUGGAGAGGUGCACGGUGGUCGGGUUCAGCUACGGCGGCAUGGUGGCGUUCAAGAUGGCGGAGCUCUACCCCGAGAUGGUUCGGGCCAUGGUGGUUUCCGGUUCGAUCCUGGCCAUGACCGACUCGAUCAGCGUCGAGACUCUGGGCCGGAUCGGGUUCAAGUCGUCGUCCGAGCUGCUGCUGCCCACUUCGGUUAAGGGCUUGAAGGCCCUCUUAUCGGUUGCUGCUCACAAGAAGCUCUGGUUCCCCGAUCGCCUUCACAAGGACUUCCUCGAGGUUGUGAUGUUCGGUAACAGGAAGGAAAGAGGCGAACUCCUGGAAGGGCUGGUCAUCAGCAACAAAGACACAACUAUUCCCAACUUCCGACAGAAGAUACAUCUCCUGUGGGGAGAGAAUGAUCAGAUCUUCCAGCUAGAGCUUGCCCACAACAUGAAGGAGCAAUUGGGAGAGAAGGCAACAGUUGAAAGCAUAAGCAAAGCCGGGCAUCUGGUUCACCUGGAACGCCCCUGCGCCUACAACAAGUGUCUCAACAAGAUCCUGGCAUCGCUGCAUCAGGAUGACGCCGAUAACAACAGCAGCAGCAGCAGCGAGACGAAGACGACUCAGUGAUCACUGACGACAAACGACGAUCACAACAACAACAGCAUCGAGACAAUAAUGACUCAGUGAUCACAGAUUACAAAUGUAGCACCCAUAUUAAUGAGUGCAUAUUGUUGAUUGAUUCUUUCUUCCUACUUAGAAACUUGCCUGUCCUCCUUCAACUUCUCUGAACAAUCUGGAUAAAAAAAUGUCAAAUUAAUGAAUGCUUUUCACUUCGUGUUUUACAUUUCGUUUUUGCUUUCUUAAGCUAUGUAACAAGUGGGG